AUGUUGCGGCUUUGCUUGUCAGUUGCUGCGACUCUGGCCGUCGCAUCGAGCCAGGACACCUGCACAGACGAUGGCUCCGGCUCCUGCGCGGCUGACUCAGGUAGCGAGGAUGGAGUUUGCUUCGCCGUCAUUGCGAAAGAGGACCACUGGAAAGAGCUGGAAGUAAGGGUUGCGCAGAUCCUCCGGCACCAGCAUUUCAAAUUCGUCAGCAGCUACAUCGUGCUUGACACGGAUGGGAAAAAACCCAGCGAAAGGCUUUCUGACAACGCGCAGAAGCUCGUCAGCAGUGGCUUGCUCGACAAGUGGCUAGUGGUGGACUACUCGCAGAAGUUCAUCAAGCGGAUCAACAAGACAGCUAACUGGGAUCCUUUCGAGCAUCCGCCAACGGCAGGCUUUCGGGACCGGCACAAGACCGUGUCUUUCAGCGAGUUCAACGAAGAUUAUGAAGAGAAGGAGCGGCCAGCACACUACUUUGCCAUCGACCAGUGCAGCCAUGGCUACUUGGUGGUCGUGGAGGUCGAGGUGAUUUGGAUGAGCUAUCGAAAAUACUCGUGGGUCGCCGCAGGCCUGGAGCUUAUGAAGGACAAUCCGGGCCUGGUCCUGGUUCAGCCGGCCUACCCCGGGGUCGAAUAUCGACGAUUUCGAGAGAAGCCGACGACCAGAGAGAUUCGCAAGAAGUACAAGGAGCUGACGAACCCCAAAGUGGAGGCGGAGGACAUCACCUGCCGACAUCCCUUCAGCCUGCCUGGCUGGGUGAGCUUGGUGGAUCUGAAGCGAUAUCAUGACGUGGGGCCUCGCCAGAAAUAUCGUGAGUACCGCUGCGGCGGGCAGCUGGUGAAGGGCAAGAGGUGCCGGGACUACGAAUACCUUCGAGGUUGUGGUGGCAUGCGACUCUGGCAAGAUGCCCUUGAGUGCGUGGUGUGCAACCGCGGCUCCCUGCGCCAGGCCCAACUCACGGACUCGGACCGCGUCUGGGUGCAGAAGGCCCCCAUCACCUGCUUCCGCUCUGACGUUGGGGAUAUGAUCGAGGGGAUCAAUCUGGUCGAGAACGGCACGGUGUUUCCAGUGUCUGGGGUUGACUUCACCCUCAAGCUGGAGGAAGACGAAGACUCCGAUGUCUGUAGUGACCUGGCAGCAAGCACAGCUGCUGGCACACUUCAAUCCGUGUCUUUGCGGCUGGAGGAGGUUGCCGUAGAAGCUUUGACCAUGGCCGACGCGGAGGUCUGUUCCCAGGCUCUGCGCUACGCGCCCUUCGAGGAAGUCUUGGACCCCAAAGCAUUCGUGCAGAGCUCUUGGCUCUUCGGGCCUCCACGUGGGGAGCUCAACCCGUGGGCCUGGAACUUGUUUCGUGCCAACGGCUCCUCUCACUGCCGCUUUCCCGCCAAACGUCAGGGGCGCAAGAUCUAUGAUCCAUGCGGCCCAAUGCCACGGAGCAAUCUCCGACGCGUCCUUGCUUUCUUCACAGGCUACCUGAACCUCACUCUGGACAUCGACACCCUGGCUUUCCAGUUUCAAAGUCCCGGGCAGUAUUUGGCGCUGCGCCCGACCGUGGAAGGAGAGCCGUGCCGCGGGCCCUGGGACUUGCACGACCUUCAGUCCCACGGAGGCUAUCAGGUUCGUCUUGUCCGCGCCGGGAGAUAUUUGCACCAGUGGUUAAUUCUGAACGCAACCUGUGGCAAUGCAAGCGCUACGCUGGAAUUCCGAGUUUGGCCGAGUUGCAUCGACCUACACGUGAUCCCGGAGGAUGGAACUCUGGUGCCCGGCUUUCAGGAGGAACUCGGAGACGAGACAUCCAUGGUCGUGGGCGGGUCCGGCUACAGCACUGCUGCGUACUGCCUCCAUUGUCAGGGUACGUGCCUCUGGAGGAGGUUGCAAACACCAUCUGGUUCACGUGCAUGUUGCCCGCUGGGCCAAGGGCUUUGUGGAUCUGGCCCGACAGCGGCAUGCUCGGUGCCCCUGAAUGAUUGGAAGGCUGCUGGGCCAGUUCCACGGCUCACGAUUCGAGACAUUGCCGCUGAAGGGCGUUUCUGGCCCACCCUCUCUGAAGGCAACCCUUUGUUGGGGAAGCGCUCCAUCUGGGGUGACGGACAAGCUUGGAGGGUUGAGCUCGCGUCCCGCAACGAGAGCAUCGUGCAAAACGAUGGUUACGAGGUUAUCUUGACGAAUCCGACCGCGGACAGCAUGGAUUUUCGGGUGAUUUUCCACAUCGCAGCCCCGAAGAAGAUCACAGGCGUGGCAGUGGCACUCCACAACGGGACCACAAAGCGACCUUCGGGACUGCAUUUGCAAAUCAGCAAGAACUGGCACGACAACGAGUGCUUCUGGGACCGCAUCAGCUAUGACGGAGAGUGGUAUUCAGCUGUGCAAGUGCGGCUGCCUCCCCGCAGCCGCUUGAAGGGUGAGCUCGCCGUGGCCUAUCAGUUCUUCGGCAAGCUACACACGGUGUCUCAUGCGCAGCUCUGCCUCAUAGGCCCCGUACCGGCUUUGUAA